AUGCUUCUUUUUGUAAUUGUUAUCGGUGUUUUGUUUUCUUCCACUCAGGCUGCGACAACGAAGAAACCACCACUAUGCGGAACAUGUUUGCCUCGCACUGUUGUACUGAAGCAAGCUGAUGGAACUGCGGGAUCCAUAACUCCAACAAUCAAGAUGUUGCCAAAUACAGCACAAGGCUGCCGACAAAUGAAUAUAAUUUGCACUACUCCAGCCGGUUACAGAGUUUCAAACAUGGAGUUUAACGACUUUGGUCCUCCACCAAAGACAGGGAAGAACAUUGCCACUUUGGCCUCAUGCUUCAAAGGAAUGUGGCGCACAACAUAUCAAGGAUCUUACAUGUAG